AGGAACCAAUAAAGAAAGUCAAAGAAGUCCGGGAAAAGAAAGUCAUGGACUACUCUCAGGAAGAAUCUCCUCAGAAGAGAAGAGGGAGAAAGCCGGGAAGAAAACCGGGAUCCAAAAAGCGUGUUGCCAAGGAGGAAAUUUCGGAUGAGGAGGAGGAGAGCUCUAAGCCUCAGGUAUAUAGUGGGCGGAAAACAAACAACUCUUUGUCAUCUGUGGCGUUUUCACUCAGUCCAGCAGCAGUUGUGCCUGAACCUAAUGUUACUGCUGUCAACACAGUCACUUCACCACCAAAAAGAAGUUAAAAGUGCUCAUAUGGUUCUUCAAACGGAGGAUGAUCUUCGCACAGGAAUGUAUAAGGUCUUGGAACAUCUGCGAGAUCAUGAGGAUGCCUGGCCCUUCCAUGAUGCUGUAGAGGAGGAGUAUGCCCCUAACUAUUAUGCUGUCAUAAGAAGGCCUAUGCACAUCAGUCGGAUGGAAGAACGUCUCGACGCUGGGUAUUACACCAAUCUUGCCAUGUUUGAAGGUGACUUCAAACUCAUGAUGGACAAUUGCAAAUUGUAUAAUGGACCAGAGAGUGAAUACACACACAUGGCAUACAAUCUGGAGAAAGUUUUUGCAAAGCUCAAAGCCAAAUAUUUGGAGGCGGAUCUUUCCUCGGAUGAAGAGAUGUACAUAGACAUGAGCUACCAGCAGUCAGCGAAAAGAAAGAAAAGACGAAAUAACAGUGAUGAGAAAGAGAACACGAGAAUAGAUGGUGAGAAACUGUCUCCAAAGAAGAGGGGACGCAAGAAGAAGAAAGUAGGAAGGAAGCCAAAAGAGAAACAUAUUAGUGAUGUAAUUAUCCCACCCAACAAGGAGAGGAAGAAAGGCAAGUUCGGCAGAGAAAAAGACAAGGAAAAGGAGAAGCCGAAGAAGGACAAACCAAAGAUCGAUCAGUAUGAGUUCCGAGAUGACGAUGAAGAGGAAGAUGAUGAUGAUGAUGAAGAUUUUGAUAUACCUCCGCUGCUGGUGAGGGAAGACCCAUAUCCUGAGGAAGAUGAUGAAGAGGAGGAAGAGAUGGAAGACUAUGGACUAGAGACUAAAAAGCCUGUCCUAGAAGAUCCUCCAGAAGAAAAGGAAGAGGAGGAGGAAGCAGGAGAGGGAGAAGAGGAGGAAGAGGAGGAGGAAGAAGAAGAGGAGGAGGAAGAGGAAGUGGAACAAAAGAUGGCCAUUCCAGCUGUAAAGAAUAAGAUAGGAAGACCAAGAAAAGAAGACAUAAUUAAAAAGACUGUCCAUAAGGAUGCCCUAGGAAUAGAAAAGAAGGAAGAGAUUGAAGGAGAAGAUGUGGAUGAUGACGAUGAUGAUGAUGAUAUAGAGCCAGAUGUUUGCAUGUAUUACAACAAUGAAGAUUACAGAAGUGAUGAAGAUAAUGAUGAAGAAAAGAGUAAUGCAGAUUACAUAAGUGAAAAACACAAUGAACUCUUUGGGGAGAUUGAUGACAUUGAGGAUGAUGAAGUGGUUGAAGAGGAGGAGGAAGAGGGAGAGGAGGGAGAGGAGGGAGGAGACAAGGCACAAGUGUCUGAGAAAGGGAAACACAACCAUGUUGGGAAGCAGAACAAGAAAAAGGGUGGGAUUGGUAAAGACAAGGAAAAGAAGAAGCACAAACACGGGGAGAAACAUGACAAACAUCACCACCACCACCACCAUCACCAUCAUCACCACCAUCACCAUCACAAGAGUAAAACAAAAGAUGGUAAACACCAUAAGAAGAAGAACAAGCAUGCAGGGGAAAAGGACAGCAAAAAGAUCCUGAAGGUGGAGGAUGUGUAUGACUAUUCGGAUGAAGAAGAACGUGAGCGUGAACGUGAGCGUGAACGUGAGCGUGAAGGUGAACCCACAGAAGUGGCAGAGCCGGUGGAGGAGGUAGAGGAGGCCCAGCCUGUUGUUAAGACCAAAGAGGAAACCCCUGGCAAGAAAAAGAAGAAAGUGAAACACAGGGGCAAGCAUGAGAAGCAUGGGAAGCACCAUGAUAAACAGGAGAAGCAUGAGAAGCAUGAAAAGCACAAAGAAGGCAAGGUGAAAGAAGGUAAAAAAGAAGGAAAGAAGAAAAAUAGUAAGAAGAAAAAGAUCACAGCGAAGAACAUGGCCGCAAUUAAUGCGCUGUCCGAAGCUACGGAACAGACACUGAAGGAUAUAACAACAAUGCUGGAUGACCCAACAGUGCCACGCUUCAGUGAAUACUCUUCAGCCAGCAACUCUCCAUCUCGCAAGGUCACUGCUGAGGAAUUUGAAGCAAUUGCAUACAAAAUUGAAGCAGAGUACCGCAGAAAACUGAUGAUGGAUGAGCCAAAAGAAAAGGAGAAAAAGGCACAUAAGAAGAAGAAGAGGAAGAAUGGCAGUGGAGAAGAUGGUGAAGAAGAACCAAAGAAGAAGAAGAUAAAGAAGGAAAAGAAAACAGAAAGUGAUAAAGAAAGUUUAGACAACACAAAAGAACUUUUCAAAGAUAUAAAAGAUGGAAGAAUAAAACCUGGAGCUAUUAUUAAAUCUAAAGACAUUGCCAAGAAAGAGGGUGUUGUGAAGAAGGAGACAAAGAAUUCAUCAGAAGGAAAACCAAAAGCAAAAACUAAUCCUUUCGGCAAAAUAAACAAACAAGAAGAUUCAAAACUGACAACCCUCAUUGCCAAAGCCAAAGAGUCACGCAUAGGUCUAGUACCAAAUAGUGAGGUCGGGGACAGCCCAAAGCUCAGUUUAGGCAGUAUUAUUCGCUCAGGUGAUAUUGGCACAGGUAUGAAGUCUUCAAGAGAAGCCAACAGUGCCGAUGAGGAAGAGAAGUGGGAGACAAAAGAGAAAUGGGAUAGUCCGUGGGAGAACAGAUGGGAAAAGAUACCAGAGAAGGAAGAGGCUCCAUCGGUGCGAGAGGAAGAGGAGAAAGAGGAGAUCCAAGAGGUGGAGGAGUUUCCUGAGAGAAUCAGUGAGGAGCCCCCUCCGACUCCACGUGCACCGGAGAUCAAACAGGAGAGAGCCACCCCCAACUUGAGUGCCUGGUUCAAGGCCUUUGGCACACCUAAGCUGUCCUCAGCAGGCCCUAAGAAGAUGCCUGAGGACCAGGUUGAUAGUCCAAAAGAGUCUGAAGAUACUGAGGUUAUCCAUGUUGAUGACAUGUCAGAGGUGGAGGAGAGUGAAGUAGGGAUACUGGAACGGCCGCCACCUUCACCACUGCCCCCACCCAGCCCCGAGCCGCCUGUGUCCCCAGAGCCUCCCCUGUCACCUGAGAAGCCUCCUGAGACCCCCUGGUAUGAAAAGCUGGACGAGAAGCUGGAGGAUGAGCCAAUAUGGAAGAAGAUGAAGAUGGGAGAGCGACAAUAUACGAUUCAGGACGGCAAUAUGCCUGAUGAGGAGGAUGACCCGUACAAGUUUGAAGAGGAAGAGCUCGAUCGUGCCCGUGAAGAAGCGAAGAAGCUUGAGGUUGAGAGACAACGAAAGGCCUCCGUUUCCUCAUCAGGGGUGUCCGACCGGUCGCCCCUCAACCACAGCUUUGACUCUGACCGUUCUCCUGCAGCCUUCUCUUCGGAAGGGGAGCGCUCACCUAUGACUAGAUCUCCUCACACCCCAGGCUUUGGUGCCAAGCAGUUCUCACCAGUUCCAGAGAAGUCCCCAAGUGUGCCUGCAUACUCACCUCGAUACGAGACUGCUCUCUCCAAACCAUUCCCUUCGUAUGAUCCAGAGAAAGCCAAGUAUCAGGCUAAUGGGGCCAUUACUGUUGGAUUUUACCAGGACAUGACUGAUAAACCUGCAGGGGAUAGUGCUGAAAAGCAAACCACAGAACCAAAACCAACAGAAUCACCAGUAUACAGUCCUACAGUGCCAUACAUGAGCUCCUUUUAUUCAAGCAAGGCAGAUGCUAGCAAGAAGCAAAAGUCUCCAGCUAGCUAUGCCAGUUUCUACAGUUCAUCAGAUACUACUCUGGAAAAAGCCAAGACUCCAAACUACUAUUCGGCUUCUGCUCCAGCCACUCCCACAGAUAAGCCGUCCCCAGCACCUUUGACAACAACUGAGCCAGCAGAAAAGACCAAACCCCAGUAUAGUUAUUAUUCCUAUGAUCCAACAAAGCCCCUUACUGAUCAGUAUAAGAGCACUGGUUCAGUGCAGCCUACACAGCCUCAAAAGAAGCCCCCAGGUUACUACAAUAGCCAUGAUGGGGUGAAAAAGCAGACUCCAACACUAUCGCCAGCAACCCCAUCUGGUCCUCUGACUCCCACCUUGGCAUCCCCAGUGCAGGUUGGAUUAACUACACCUGCCCCAGCAAUUCAGGAAAAAUCAGAAAUGCAGCCAUUGAAAAAGAGAGCGGCAUUAGACAAAGGUUGUCAAGAUUUCCAAAAUAAUUCCAGUGUGACAGCUGCAGCAGUCAGUCCAGUUGACAGCUCAGCAGCUCAAUGGGCAGGUCGUAAAUCUGCGGAAGAUAGUCCAGUGGCUCGAAAUACAGCACCUCCAAAUGUGACAGUUCCAUUUUCUCCUCAUCCCUCAGCACUGCCAGCCAAUCUUGCCAACUUAUCACAGAUUGUGUCACGCAUCACAGAGCCAGAAGCAAAUAGACCAGUUCCUGAUAAGGAGUUGUCCAAAUCACCAGCUGAACCUCCACGAGCACCUGCAGCAUUUCCCAAUCCUGAGCCUGCAAUUGUAAAAUCUUUGCCAGCUACUCCAUUUGCUGUGGCAGGAGGGCAGACUCCGACACAGGUUCCAGUGUUAGAUAUAGAGCGCGGUGGUAUAAGUGCUGUUAAUGAUUUGACGGACUUGCAUCAGCAGAGUUUGAAUCUCGCAGGUCGUGUUCAACCAGCAGAACUGGCUCGGCAGAUUGAAGCUGACCCUAGAUUACAAGAUCGGUCAAUGCAGCCUAAUUAUCAUCAACAGAUCACAAGUCCUCAUAUGCAAACACAGCCUGGCUUAAGUUCACCACAGCAGAUAACCAAACCCCCACAAACUCCACAGUCUCAAAUCCACAGUCAUCCUCAGCCUCCCAUAGCACACCAAAAGCCUAGUGAAGGAAGUCGUCCUUCCAGUCGUGACUUGCCACCUGCUCAUGCCACUGAAAAAUCACAUAUGUAUCUCCAGCAAAAGAGUAUGUGGACCUCCAGUUUAGCAACUAGUUUGGCCAACAGUCUUGCCUCCAGUUUACCAUCAAGUAUGGUCACUAGUCUAGCAACUAGUUUAGGAUCGUCUUUGGCUACUACAUCAGUCAUUGCUUCGCUGCAGAAGAUGGGAUCAUUACAAGGAGACCGCCUGACACAAGACAGAUUAACACAAGAGCGCUUAGCGCAACUAGAUCGUGCAGCUUUAGCCUCACUGGCCAGUCGAACUGGACAAGCAAAUCUGUUUUCACAUGAACUCUUACCUCGUGGAUCAGUUGCUGCAAGUCAGACUCAGGUUGGUUCUGGUCCAAGUAGUGGAAGUUCAUCAGGUGGUGGUAGCUCAUCAGGGACUCCAGUAUCAGCAGGGCGGUCAGCCUCUGGCUCUAGUUCUGGUACAGGAGGAUCUACACCAGCAGCCACUGGUAAUAGUGUGGAGUUGGGUUUAAGUCGUUCCUAUACCAACAUGAUGACAGGCCAGUCAUCACCACUCUUUGGUCGAGGGGAAGGUGCUCUUACUCCUGGAUCUUUACCACGUCCACUCUCUGGUUCCUCAUCUCCAUUCCUGUCUCAAUCACCAGGGUUAAGUGCUGCUCUUGGUCUUCCUGGAGCUCCUCGCACUCCAACUCCAGCUCAUCAGCAGUCUCAUCAAAGUCUCUCAAGCCUCAGUCAGGGUAGUUUCCCAUCUCUUCCAAGAGACCCAAGGGACCCCAUUUCACAAUCCCAUCCAUCACUACAAAUUCCAAGUCUUAAUUCAAUAUCCUCAAGUCAAGCGCAGACCCUCAGUCAUCUUAAUGCGGCCAAUUUGGCUUCCUAUUCUGGAAGAGACUCUUUAGCGCUCAUGAACCAACAAAGCCGAGGUGCAUUAGCUGGUGGCUUAGUGGAUCCCACCUCUCAGCUUUACCAGCAGUACCUUCAGCAGAGACAAGCGCAAGAGGAACUUAUCUUAAGGUCUGCUGGUGCACACCCCUCACAUCUGGCUGCCCACCAGUCCAUGAUGAUACAACAAGGCCUGAUGAGUGCGGCUGGAUUCUCUUCUGGCUACCCUCCUUCACUUGGGCUGAGACCAGGCUCGUACCAGGGCAUGAAUCGCCCCUGGCUCUAAUGAUAGAAUCCCACCUCACAACACAGGCGUCCCACUUUGGCUUGAAAACAGCCCGUCACUUUAUCUCUUCAUAUCUUUGGGUUUUAAGUUACAACCAAUGUUUUUGUGGUUUGAUUUGAUUUUGUUUCUGAUGAAUGUGGCAAAGCAUUUUCAUAGUGCAGCAGCCAAGUGCAAUAGGUUAAGUUCUUUUCUGUUGUCUUAUAGAGAACUAUUUUUAUAUUUACUUAUAUCAGUAUUUAUAGACUAUUUUUUAUUUAUUUACAGUUUUGCAGGCAUUUUUUAAAGAUACAUGUACCCUGUCAAAGUUGUUUUGUUGUGAUUUAAACUUUAUGCAAAUAGAAGAGAAUGUUAGCUGCCAGGGAAAAAUUGAUUUAAACAUAACUUCUUAUGUGCCACUUGCUAUGCAGGCAGCUUUUCUUAUCACAAAACAGGGGGCUUAUUGUACAAAAUUGUCAUUUUAAACACUGAAUGACGAAAUGAAUAUUGAGGUUUAAAAGCAGCUCUAAAAUCUGUAUUGGACUAUACCAAACUACCUGGUGGGAUGAUGUGGUAGACAACCAAAUUUUUGCUUAUGAAAAUCUUGUUCCAGGAGGCAAUGUUGUUGUCAGAUACUCAAUACAUUAUUAAUUUAGCCCUAUAAUGUACCUGAAAAGACCUGGAUAUGUGUUUUUAUGCCGACUUGCUUUGGUGUUGUGGACUAAAUUAUAAUGUGAUCAGUAUAUUGGAAAAGGUUCAGCUAAAGCCAGUGGAGGGCAUCCUUUGUUGGAUCUCAAUUGUCUACCCACUGGAGUGGCAGGUGUGGGGUGCAAGCCAACCAAGUACAAAACCUGCCUCAGGGUGAUUUCUCCCCCCCUGGUGGCCAACUAUUACUGUUAGCCUGAUGUUAUGGUGUUGCUAUGCAGACCUUGAAAAUAGGGAGCAUUUAGGAUGCUGUAUUUCAUUUUAAUCAAGAACAAUAUGUAAGAUGCAUAAUUAAGAUUAGUCUACACUUUUGCUUACUUCUCAAAUAAUGAGAGUAUUAAUGUGUUUUGUACUUUGCAUAAUCCACAGGGAACUUGUGCUAGACUUUUUUUUUUAAGGAGUACAUGUGUACUUUCCCACAUUUUAAAAUUUUUCUCUUUUUAAAACUAACUUUUAUAUUUUUAAAUAUUUCCUUUUUGGGAUUUUAGGAAAUUUUAUUGCAAACAUCAUUGGUGGACAGUGUUUCAGUCCCUUUGUUCGGAUAGGUUAACAAAAAUCAAAUUUGAAGCAAGGUCAUUUUGGUCUGGUUGUCUCCAAGUACAGAUAUAACCAACACCCGCCGUCAUCUGCUUGGUACAUCGUUAGUGCCAUCCAUCAUUCUGUAAAUUCUCAUACCCACUCUGUACAUUAGGUAUACCUCAUAAGCCAUUCAUCCCAUAGAAGACCAUCUCACUUACCAUACACAGCAAUUACACCAGUAUCCUUUUUUCCUGAAUUAAUCCAUUAUAACCCCUUGCCUCCUUAGGACUUAAGUAUUUAAAGUACUGUAUGAAGGUAAACCAAACUGAAACUCUUGACACUCAUAGGGAACUAAAGCAUUUCACCUUAAAACACAGGAUGCAACCAACGUGCCGACUCAAAAGGUUAGUUCAUCCUUCCGAACAGAAAUUGAUCUCUUAACACUCCAAAGGUAGCCUGAUUGCCUCAACUCCCCUUUCACCUUCUAGAACGGAGAAGGUCGACAACAAAAAGCCGAUGUGGUUUGUAAUUUUGUAUUGACAGCGGAUGUUUGGAUGGAUGGAUGGAUAGAUGGAUGAAUGGAUGGAUGAAUUGAAUGAAUGAAUGACUGAAUGAAUGGAUGAAUGAAUGGAUGGAUGGAUGGAUGGAUGGAUGGAUGGAUGGAUGGAUGCAGUAGGCAUGUCAGCAUGUUUUGCGUGGAAAGAAUUGUCUACCACAAUGUCAGAAUAUCAGUGUUUCAGUGUUAGUAUUGUGGCCUGUUAGUACCAUUGCCUGUGCGUACACCAGAUUGUUAGUAUUGCAGAUUGUUGGUGCAAAUAUUGGCAAAGAACUACUUCCUCACUUCACUUCCUUUCUUUGUCACGAAUGCAGUAUUGUUUACUGGACUAAUAGGUAAAUUUUAUACGAAGCACAUCAGCCACUUUGGUCUGGUAUCGUUUCUUUUGAAUAAACAAGGUUUUUUAAAGCAUUUUAUUCUCUAUUUGGGAGCCACAUGUAUAACAGACAAAUGCAUCCUCAUUCACUCAGUCAAUCAUCACACUCACUUGUCAAGAAUGAGUAAGCAUUGUUUUUAUUUGUAUGUUUCUUUUAUUUGAUAUACACAUGUACCACAAACUUUCUAUCAACCUGUAUGUACCCCAGACUUGUGUACUAAAGUGUAUCCCACCGGGCGGAGUGUAUAGCUGCAGCAUGGGGUGUACAUAGCCUAUUUUUGAACUAUGUGUACAAAUUCGUGAAACUGUGUAUAUAAUAUGUAUAUAUAUGACAAAUAAGAAAUAAAUGCUGUUUAUAUA